CAUGAUUGGCUGUAAUGAAAUCCAGACUUUGAGUCCUGUACAUUCAAACCAGCGAUCCAGUCCUCAAUUACACACUCUGAGCCCAAAGAGUCAACGGCUGUUUGAGCAACGUGACCAACUUUUUGCGGCCACGGAUGGACAACCUGUUUUUACAGAGUCCUGGCCCUCCACCAACUGUGGAAUUUUUCCUGCGAGCAGUACUUCAUCUGACAUGGAAACACCUAAACAGUCUGAGAGAGCAGCAAAAUCCAGAGUUUCCUCAGAGUUAGCGAUUCAGCAAGAUUCAGUGCUGGCAAAGUACAUGGAUCGCUUUCGCCAUGGUCAGCCACAGAGUCGAGAGGAGCGCCAGCAGAUGCCUUCUGCCAUUGGAGAACAGCAGCUUCCUUUUUGGUGGAUGUCACCCUCAUCUUUACCUCGCAGUUCAACACCAACUAAAACAAGAGAAACGGGUGUUAUAGAGCCUGUGAAAGAUGACCAUGGACUUUCCAUUUUCAGACAUGACAGAUCCUUCUCCCCAGGCAGAGGAUCCUUAACUAUUUUGUCAGACACAUCCCAGGGUGAAUUGGAUGACACAGAGAUACUAUACCUUCAAGAAAAGGCCAGCAGACUUCUGCUGAGAGGUGAAUGUACUCUGAGUGAUGGAUCUAUCCCUGUCAGCUCAGAGGGCCUGGAAUGCUCAGAUUUCUCUUCUCCGAUCAGCGUAGAAGAGCCAGUGCGAAGACCUUUGAUUCCCAGUUUAAUAAGAUCUACUGCAAAGGCCUACUCGGACUCCGUUCAAGCUGUGUCCUCCCAAAAAUCCUCUAUCAUUCCUUCCCUGGUGCCCCCCACACGCCGGGAAGAGGACAUCUUGUUCCAGUGGCGUUUAAGGAGAAAGAUUGAGCAGGCCAGAGAGUGGCCCCAGCCCCUGCAACCCUCCAGUUUGCUUGGUCCGACAUUUAGCUGGCAGGCCCCCAGUUUAAGUCAUCCCUCAGCCAGUGGACAGGCUUUCAAGCCACACCAGAGUAUUCAGCCUCAUGAAUUCUCACAACACGCUACACACCUGCACAUCACAGCUCCCCGGCCAGAAACCAAAGAGGCUGAUGCAUCAUGUCACCCGGCUUCAGGUCCACCUCACUUCCCUUCCCUCUCUGGCUCUUCAAUGUCUCAACCCAGGACUCUUUCCCAUGUUCCUGCACACAUGCAUUUACUCUGUGAUGUCCUGCCCUGCCCAAUCCAGUCAUCGCAUGCAAGCAUGCAACAAAACAUUUCAGAAAGUAUAGAUGUCUGUAAAAAAACCCAAGUCCCUGGAAACUCAAUAAACACCAUCACUGAUGAGCCUUUUCGUGCACAUGUGCCAUCCCCACCACCUGCUUCAUCUGGAGCUACAGAAAGAGCGGGGCUUAGUCAACACGAAAGAUCUGAGAGGAACAAGAAGGAGAAAGCCCACACAAGAGGGUCGGAGAAGAACGAGAACAAGACAGCGCCGUCCUUCAGAAAGCAGAAGAAAUCAACAAGAUAUACUGUGCAUAGGGAACAUACUGAUGGUCCUGGCUCUACAGACGGGAGUUCUUCACUUCAAAGAGUUCCCAAAAAGGUCAUGCCGCAGGUAGAGCAGCCUCAGCAGGAGCGAAGCCAGGGGUUUUCCAGUGAGAGGUGUACUGGCGAUCAUGCACCACCCCCUUCUCCGAUCCACAGUGCCUUAGGACAGGUAGUUUCAGAGGUAUUGUUCCCUAUGGUGGAUUCAUCUCCUGCACAAAGGAUCCCUGUGUCGUCGGUUUCUUCUCCGUGCACUGCCACUGCACCUCCACAAUCCACAGUUCCUUCCUGCAAUGCACAGACUUCUAUGGAGGUCAUUGCACAGCUGCUGCAAGAAGCUGAAGAUUCAGAUGAAAAAGAGUUUGAAGAUGACCCUUUAUUACAAGUCCUUCGCAAGCAGAGACAAUGGGUAAAGGAGCAGAUCAGUGACGUGGACUCGAUGUAUGAAUUCCUGGACGAGCAACAAGUUAUUUGAACAUUGACAAGAGGCGCUUGGUCGUUCUCACUUUUUUAUUUUAUAAAGAAAUAAAGUUUAGUUAUUCAUUUUUGAAGAAAUAUUUCCACAUUAAAGAGUUUGGAGAUA